CCGCGCGAAACUAAAAAAAAACCUGCCAUAACGGCAGUCCACUGACUUGACUGGUCGCGCGAGGUGCGCCGAAACCACCUCGACCUCAUUCCAGAGUGACGCUGUUAUCAGGUUGACAGGUCCGCAGUCACGGAGUUAGCGAAUGAAGAGAAUGGCAUCGGACUUUGGAUUCUGAAGAGCAACUGUUGAUUUCAGAGAUUCAGACAUGAGGGAUCGAAUGAGCAACCUGCAGGACGUGCCCGAAGAUGAUGAGCACGGGACGUCCGACGGGCAGGGGACCUCCAAAGGGGUCGGGGCGUCCAACGGGAUCGGGACCUCCAAAGGAGUCGGGGCAUCCAACGGGGUCGGGACGUCCAAAGGGGUCGAGGCAUCCAACGGUGUGGUACAGGCCCAGCCCAAGCCCACGUCCGAAACGUUCAGCACCGUGGACCUGGAGGACGUCCCCCAGCAGGCGGUGGUGUUCGACAACGACGGGACCCUGGACGGCGUCUUCGACGAGGCCCAGGCCGUGCGGCGGGAGAUCCAGCUGAUCUCCCUGGACGUCGUCAAGCUGAAGGACCACAACGCGCGCAUGCUGACCGAGGUGGGCGACGCGCCCGCCCUGAAGAAGGACUCCAACGCCAUCGCCGGGGAGAUCAAGUCGCGGGCCGAGGCCGUGCUGACGCGCCUGCAGAAGAUGGACGCCCGCGGCAAGGAGCUGGAGGCCAAGCACGGCGUCAACGCGGCGGUGGUGCGCGUGGCCCGCACGCAGUACAUGUGCCUGAGCAACAGCUUCCGCGACGUAAUGUUCGACUACAACGAGACGGAGAUGUCCUACAGGGAGAGCUGCAAGAACCGGCUGCAGCGGCAGCUGGAGAUCGUGGGCCGGGAGGUGACGGGCGAGGAGAUCGAGGAGAUGAUCGAGAGCGGCGAGUGGAACGUGUUCAGCGACAACGUCCUGACGGAGGGCAAGACCUCGCGCUCCGCCCUGGACCAGAUCGAGAGCCGCCACAAGGAGCUCCUGGACCUGGAGAGCCGCAUCCAGAGCAUCCACGAGCUCUUCCUGGACGUGGCCAUGCUGGUGGAGGAGCAGGGCCCCAUGAUGAACACCAUCCAGGCCAACAUCCACAGCACGGACGCGGACAUCCAGGAGUGCAUGGUCAAGCUGGAGAGGGCCAAGAGGUACGACAAGAACAACCCCUUCAAGAAGAUGUUCUGCGGCUGCUUCCCCUGCUACAAAUGAGCCGAUUGGCUUUUGCAAAAGACCGAAUUAAAUGAGCUUUUGCGUUGAGACUCACCAUUGCAGGCCAAAAUGCCUGCUUGUGACUUUUAAAGCUGUCUGACCAUCGACUGACAAAGGGAAAUAUAAAUGAUUUCUUACAAGUUUAAUUUUAGCUGCUCAGAGACAAACCUGAUUGCCACAAAAUCUUCAGUGAAAACCCUGUAAUCAUGAUUUAACCCAUACGCUACGCCAGAUGCUUGAAGUGAACAUCUGAUACAUGUCAACAUCUUAAAAUGACGUCAUUGUGGUAUUGCAUAUUAAUUUUAAAUUAAUCAUUAGCCAACAAAAAAAAGACUACAGCAAUUCAUAGUUUUGUACCGAACUACCAAACUGUUAAGCCUGCUUUGAGGAGACUGCAUGUAAUUCACUAAAUAUUCACAAUAUGAAAAACAGGAAUUAACAUACUAAUUCAUGAAUGACUUCAGUGAUAACCAGAGUUACAAUCUCAGUUUUUUCUCUCUCGCAAAAGCUUGUCUGAAUCUAAGAACAGUCUUUGAUCCAGAGGGUGAACUCUUUUGUAAAUGUAAACACAAGACACACCUGUUACUUUGCAGUCAUCUGAUCCAAAGUAUUUUUUUCUGUUACGACAUGUUUUCAGCAUUUUCUCCCACAGCUUUCUUUUGCUCAAAUCUGCCUAUUUCAAACAGAGUCGAAAGUUUGUCCGCGGACCAUGGACAAUACCAGUAAUUUUGCUCUGUUUCAACGGCGUAGGGUUUUUUUGGGGGGGUUUGCAGAGUUGACACACAAACAGAACUAACAUGGAUGAGUGGCGAGGCUGUUUGGAGUUUUUCGAAAGACAUAGUCUGCCACCCAGAAGCUUCACUAUGUCAUUGCAACUUUUAGUGUGCGAGUUCCUGUCAUACCUGUUGCACAGCAUGUGACGUUUUCAGGGGACUAGAAAGCAUGUCAUGUGACACGAAACAGGAAGUUUACUGUGUGUUUAUCAUGUCUGGAAACUUCCAGAAUUGCGUGUUGGACACUAUAAUAAAGUGAAUGGUUGAAAUAUCCACA